AUGGUAUCUUUCACCAGCCCCGGUGCUAGUCAUCGGCAGAAUCUGGUCACGUUUGGCUUUUCUAUUCUUGCCCUGGUGGCCACUCUUCAGGCGGUCUCUGCUGCUUCUGUUCAUGGUGUGCAUCGCCAUAGAGGUCUUCACGUCGAGGUGGAAAACACCACGCUUAGUGUCGACACAGAAGGCACUUUUGGAGUCGAUGCAGAAGUCGACGUUAAUGAUAAUACUCCUUCUUCGUCUUACUGGCUUGAGACUAUUGAGAAGAGGGGUGUCGCCACUUUCAACAAUGCUUCAUCCACAUACAAAGUGUUCAGGAAUGUCCGUGACUAUGGUGCUAAAGGUGAUGGAGUCACUGAUGACACAAAUGCCAUCAACGCUGCCAUCCAGGAAGGUGCCCGCUGCAUGGGCGGAACCUGCGACUCCUCGACCGUCACUCCCGCUGUAGUUUAUUUCCCACCUGGAACAUACUCCAUUUCCAGCCCUAUCAUUGCAGUUUACUAUUCCCAACUCAUCGGUGACCCAACCAACCGCCCCACCAUCAAGGGUACUGCCAACUUCACUGGUCUCGCCCUCAUUGAUGCUGACCCGUACAUCCCCGGGGGCUACGGUGCCCAGUGGUACACCAACCAGAACAACUUCUUCCGCAUUGUCCGUAACUUCAUCCUCGAUACCACUGGUAUGACAUCCGUCGAGGUGCCUACCGGUAUCCAUUGGCAGGUUGCACAGGCAACCACUCUGCAGAACAUCCACUUCGAGGGUUCCCAGAACGAGACCAGGAAGGACCGUGGUAUCUUCAUGGAGAACGGGUCUGGCGGGUUUAUGAGCGAUCUCUCCUUCAACGGUGGUAACGAGUGUGCAUUCAUGGGAAACCAACAGUUCAUGACCCGUAACUUCACCUUUACCAACUGCAAGACUGCAAUCAUGAUGGUCUGGAACUGGCAAUGGACCUUCAAGUCCGUUAACAUCCAGGACUGCGGCGUUGGUAUUGAUAUCUCGUCUGUGGAUGCAAAAACUGGAUCGGCAACUCUUGGUUCGAUGAUUGUUCUUGACUCCUCCAUCUCCAACACCCCAAUCGGUAUCCGCACAAACAAGACCUCGAUCUCCACCCUAGAUGCUGCGGGCACGGUCAUUCUCGAUAACGUCCAGUUCAACAACGUCCCCAAGGCUGUUUUCAACAUCGGUAACAAUGCUACCAUCCUUUCCGGAGAAGGUGAUACUACCAUCGACCUCUGGGGCCAGGGCAGAGACUACUCUGGUGGAAAUGGCACUGUUGCUUCAGUCCAGGGAGUUCUUACCCGUAACGUUGAAAAGCCUGCAACGCUUCUUACAUCUGGCUCAGAGACCAUCUUCGAGCGCACAAGACCCCAUUACGAGGAUGAGGAUGUUUCAAAUUUUGUCUCCGUCAAGGAACUUGGUGCCAAGGGUGACGGUGUGACUGAUGAUACCGAGGUUCUCAGGACUGCUUUCAAGGAAAAUGCGGACUCAGGGAAGAUCAUCUACUUUGACCACGGAGUGUACAUUGUCUCUGACACUGUCUUCGUUCCCACUGGAACUCGUGUCGUUGGUGAGGCUUGGUCUGUCAUUAUGGCCAAUGGUGAUGCUUUCAAAGAUACCAAGGGUCCUCAAAUUGGUGCAGUGCUCCUUGAGUGGAACUCCGCCGACCCAGAAGGCGAACAAGGUGUUAACGCCAUGUGGGACGUCCAUUUCCGUGUGGGUGGCUCCGCUGGUACCGACUUGAACAACGCUGAAUGUCUGGCAAACGAGCUUGGUGCCGGAACUGGAAACGGCACCGCCCGUAUCACAACACCAAACACCAGCUGCUUUGCCGCUUUCAUGCUGAUGCACAUUGGAAAGACUGCUAGUGUCUACAUGGAGAACGUCUGGGCGUGGACCAGUGAUCAUGCUCUUGAUGCCCCAUUCAACCGUGUCACCCUCUACAACGCCCGUGGUAUCUAUGCCGAGAGCGAGGUUGGCCCAGUCUGGAUGUACGGUGUCGCAUCAGAGCACAAUGUCCUCUACCAGUACCAGUUCCAGAACACCAGCAACGUCUUCAUGGCUGUCGGCCAGACCGAGACUCCCUACUAUCAGUCUAACCCUGUCGCCACUGGUAUCUUCCCCGUCGACAAUGAGUUCAACGACCCUACCUACGAGACUUGCACCACUGCCUCCUGCCGCAAGUCAUGGGGUCUCAGAAUCCUUGAGAGCUCGGAUAUGCUGGUGUACGGUGCAGGACUCUACUCUUUCUUCGAGGACUAUAGCACAAACUGUAGCAGCAGGGCUGGGGGCUCAAACUGCCAAGAGAACAUGUUGGAGAUUCAGGACAGCACCUCCAUCAGUUUGAUGAACAUUAACACCAUUGGUGUCAUCAACAUGGUCACGCUGGAUGGAGAGCCAGCUGUUCAGGCGUCAGAUAACAGGAACUCCAUGGCAGAUACCCUUAUUAGGUUCGAUGUGGUCUAA